AUGGGUAUCCCUUCAGGUGUUAGUAACCAAGAUAUCACUGCGCCACUGCCGUCCUACCAGGAGUCGUUGAACAGGAGCGCGACGAUGGCGAUACAUGUGAAGCUCAGUCAGGCUUUCGGGAUAGUGGUGGACAAGCUUUACGGACAGGAUAGUCAUGUCAAUGCCAAGUUCGUAAGAAAUGCACAGAAGGUGCUGCAAUCUGUCGCUGGCGUGGCCCCCGAGCUUACGGACCACUUUCCGAUCCCCGAGGAAGGUUCACUCAAUGGAAUUUCGCGGGAUACUGGCUAUAUGAAUUUGCUCUAUCAUCAGUGUAUCAUGGUCGCUACCCGACCCUUCCUUGUUGGCCUGAUAAUCAGGCGUAUUCAGUCUGAGAACCCCGAAAUCGUCAUACCAUCCUCCAUUAGGCUUCUCCUGCAAGUGUGUAUUGACUCUGCGAAGAAGACUAUCCACAUACUGCAGGCGCUGCAACGCCAACAGUUACUCGAACACUUUCUUCCAUUUGACCUCGAAAGCGCUAUUUCUGCCGGCGUGAUAAUGUGUAUGGUCGCAAUCGUAGCUCCAUUCUUAGUUGAAAGCCCUCGCCAUUAUUUAGAAGGUGUAUUUGGUAUUCUGGCCGAGAUGGUUGAGAAGGGAAAUCUGGUGGCCGAGGCGCACAAGCACAAGCUGGAGCACCUGGAGGCGCUUUUGAGUGAAUUUCAAACCCCGGGCUAUGCCCGGAGAGGCGACAUAGGUAGCAGGUCCCAUCCGAUACCGGAGCCAGGAGAAGGCGAUGGGAAUGAAGAGGGAUUGAUGCGGGAGGGUGAAGCUGCGGGCUUGGGUCUGAUAGGUGGUGAGGGGUUAGGGCACGUCGAGCCAUGGGACCUGACGCAUGAUAUCACUGCAUCACAGCUGAUGACAGUGGCCAGUACAUUGGACGUGAAUGGGAUGCUUGAUUGGGUGGGGUUUGAUUUGGCCAUGGAUGAGAUACCCCCCGAACUUGUCCCCGUCCCUCCGACAGCGCACUCGCCCAACUCUGAUCUCCCAGUCAUCGCGUUCCGAGGGGCGUUGAUUGACCGGACGUUCGAGGGUGCCGUUGCCUCCGUGUAUACGAGCGAAUGGCCGCGGGGAGGACACUGGAGAAUCUCCCGUGAACAGCUCGCCGCUACGCCCCACUACCACGCCACUACGCACGAGGCGUACACCGUCCUGAAGGGCAGCGGGACUUAUCUCCUAGGCAAGUCCCCGCUGGACCCGGACACUGACGCACAGGGUAAUCCAGUCGGGGCUGGGGUGACACACUUUGUAACGGACACGGAGGAUGAUUACGAAAUUAUCGGCUAUUACUUGCUGAACGAACGGAAUUCCCUCGAGGAACCGUACGACAUGGAGUAUGCAUUGGACUCAGUAGAGGAGACGGAUAAGAUGCGUGAAAAGUGCAGACAAGUGCCAUUGCCUGUCCACGAUCCCAUAUAUGGCAAGGAGGGGCCGCUUCUGAGUGUCUGGAAGAGAGUUGGUUAG